CCAGCAGAGACUGAGGCACCUGGAAAAGGGGAGAGAGUUCAUUGGAUCAAACAUGUCACAAGAGACGGACAAUAAAAACCGGCUUGUGACUAUAGUGCCGAGUGAUGCUCAGUUCAAUACCAGAAGAGCCUACACCAGUGAAGAUGAGGCUUGGAAGUCCUAUCUGGAGAAUCCCUUAACAGCGGCUACCAAGGCUAUGAUGAGCAUCAAUGGGGAUGAAGACAGUGCUGCUGCCCUUGGAUUACUGUAUGAUUAUUAUAAGAUUCCCAAGGAUAAGACAAGAUCAUUGUCUGUUAAUAAAGUGAGUGAUAAUCAAGAAGAACAGGAUAAAAGAAACUGUCUUUCCACCAGUGAAACUCAGAGUAACCUGAACAACAGCAGUGAAAACAGAGUGCAAGUCUUGAAAACUGUGCCAGUAAACCUUUCCCUGAAUCAGGAGCAGCUGGAGAUUUCCAAAAGGGAGCAGUUCAAUUCAAAUGUAUCUGGAAGCCCAACCUCCAUUUCUGUGACAGGAGUUAUGGUAGUGAAAGCAGAAGAGUACACACCUAUUUAUAUGGCUCCAUCUGUGCAUUAUGCACGGGGAGAAAAUGAAGAACACCGAGGAGUUAUAUUUGAACAUGCACAUUAUGAAGUGCCAAGCAUCACUGCCCAUUCAACGUAUGUGAAAGAUGAUCAGCGCAGCACUCCAGAUAGUACUUACAGUGAUACUUUUAAAGAUGGAGGGGCAGAGAAAUAUCGCAGUGGUUCUGUGGGACCUGAGGAAUAUAUUUAUGAACAGACAGCCACCAGCACAUUUCGGUACACUUUAGAAGCCACUAAAUCCCUACGUCAAAAACAAGGAGAAGGUCCAAUGACCUACUUGAACAAAGGCCAGUUUUAUGCUAUAACUUUGACUGAGACUGGAGACAACAAAUGUUUCAGACAUCCCAUCAGCAAAGUCAGGAGUGUGAUCAUGGUUGUGUUCAGUGAAGAUAAAAACCGAGACGAACAGCUGAAGCACUGGAAAUACUGGCAUUCCCGGCAGCACACGGCCAAACAGAGGGUUCUUGACAUUGCUGAUUACAAAGAGAGCUUCAAUACCAUUGGGAAUAUUGAAGAAAUUGCCUAUAAUGCUGUCUCCUUUACUUGGGAUGUCAAUGAAGAAGCAAAGAUUUUCAUCACAGUGAACUGCUUGAGCACAGACUUUUCUUCACAAAAAGGAGUCAAGGGUCUCCCUUUGAUGAUUCAGAUUGAUACAUACAGCUACAAUAAUCGCAGCAAUAAACCCAUCCAUCGUGCUUUCUGUCAGAUCAAGGUUUUCUGUGACAAGGGAGCUGAGAGGAAAAUCCGAGAUGAAGAAAGGAAGCAAAACAGAAAGAGAGCAAAAACUCAAUUAUCUCAGCCCCCAUGUAGUAAUGCUGAAGGAAAACUGACCACAGCUCCCCUCCAAAAGAAAAGCGACAUCACCUACUUCAAAACAAUGGCAGACCUGGAGUCCCAGCCUGUUCUGUUCAUACCAGAUGUUCACUUUGGGAACCUCCAAAGAGCUGGGCAGGUUUACUAUAACACAGAUGAUGAGCGAGAAGGAAGUAUCUUGGCUAAACGGAUAUUCCGGCCGGUAGAGGAGGACUUUGUCCCACCACCAUUAAAGCAGAUAAAAGAAGAAGGAGCAAAAAGAGUGCUAUUAUAUGUGAGGAAAGAAGCUGAUGAAGUGUUUGAUGCUUUGAUGUUAAAGUCCCCCACUGUAAAGGGAUUAAUGGAAGCAAUUUCUGAAAAAUAUGGCCUUCCAGCUGAAAAGAUCACAAAGCUUUACAAGAAGAGCAAAAAGGGGAUCCUGGUCAACAUGGAUGAUAACAUCAUUGAACAUUAUUCCAACGAAGACACUUUCAUUCUAAACAUGGAAAGCACAGUGGAAGGCCUCAAGGUUACAUUAACGGAGAUCUAGCCUAGAUUAUUGUGCAGCCCUGGAAGUCACAGCAUUUCACACUUAUAUCAAGGAAAGGAAUGUUCCACUAAGGCCCCAAAGACUCACUGAGGCUAAGAAGAGAGGCUGUUACAAAACUCCACUAACUACGUUGUUCACGUUUAGCAAAGGGGAUAAAAAAUACCUCUUAGUUACUGACAAGUGAUUUUAAAUCAAGAUGUACCAACAUACCAUCACACCGUUCCUUAUUUAUUGCUUCCCACUUUGCAGUAUGUAAAUAAUCUGUGGACCCCAGACUUCAUGAUCCUAACCACUGCAAGGAAGAAAAAAUGACUUUUUUUUAAAAAAAAAGAAAGAAAGUUUGAUACAAUGAAUUUUAAAAAUUACAUCAGUUCAAUUAGUAUUUGUAAUAAAAUUACACCCUCCAAAAUAAAUAGCUAGAAGAUCUGAUAGUAUUUUUUGUGCAGAGCUAGUGAUGGGGAAAGUAGUUUGAUUAUCUUCCCCUUUACUAAAUUCGUAUCGAGUCCUGAGAAAUGUAUAGCUUAGUCACAUGCCUCCAAGUGUUUCUCUGUACGUGGCAAAUAAGGACUGUAGUGAGAUGGCAGGUAACUUGCAAGAAAAAUGCCUUCCAUUUCAACCUCUGUACAUAGUGUUUAUAAUAUGUAAUAAUAUAUUUUUCCUGUGUAUGCUGAAUUGUUUACUGUCACUCUGUUUUAUGGUGGGAUUUGAUGCUGAUAGGUUUUUUUUGUUUUGUUUUGUUUUUUUGCUGAGAACAGACCUAAAUUGAAUGGUUAAUUCCAGCUUGAGUAGACUCAUUGAAACAAUAAGAAUUUGGUAAGUCAGCACUUAUGUCAAUUCAUUUGGUUUAGUGGGUCUGCUUUAGUUGGAAUUAACAGUUGGAAACAGGCUAGACGUUUCAGAAAGAUGACCAUAUCUUUUCUAUGGAACCCCUAUUGGAAUAUCAAAAGUUCUCAUCUGGCAUUUGCUCCACAAACUAAUGCAGCAUUAAAACUUUUCUGGUCUCAUUCAUCCUGAAACACCCAGGUGAUGUGCCAUGUUGCUUCAUUCUUCCAAUUCCUGAAUUAUGUAUCCUUUAUCUUCAUCCUUGAAUUUUUCUGUUCCUUUUCCUGAUGCAUUUAGCAGCAUGAAGCAGCUCAAAUGACAGCAGCUCACGUCGUCAUAAAAUCAUAUAAGUACAAAGGCAGCAUGGGUCUCCUCCAUUUCCCUGCUUAUUUCAGAAUCUAUAGUGCAAAAGACAAAUUCAGCAUCCCUGAUGGAUAGUCAUCCAGCUUCUGGUUAAAUGCCUCCAGCAAAGGAGAGACCAUCAACUCCCAAGAGUUCCACUAGAGUUUUGUUAAGAGGUUUUGACUGAGGGUUAGUGAAAUCUCUUCCCCUGCAUUUUCCAUUCCUUGGUCUUAGUCCUGCCAGAGAACAGAUCUGCUCCAUGUUCUCUAUCUUCUUUUGAUAUGUAUAUGAAGACCACGAUCAUGCCUCCUUUAGUAGAGGAAUAGAAUUGGAUCAGGGUAGCUGUGGCUUGUUAUCUUGUUGUUCUAAGUGAAAUCAAGUAACAGCAAAGAUGCAUUCAUGUAGCAUUGUGGAUUUCAGGAGGAUUUGGAGUGAUGCCAUCUGUUUGUCAGUGCAAGUGGUAGCAAAAAAGGGACUGCAUACUUAUGGGCAUGUUAUGGAAGGAGAACUUGCAUACAGAGGCUUAUUCCCCCCCCCCCAGUGGAACUGGAACAGUUUGUAUGCCAACCAGGAAGCAAGGAGGCUGGCAAGGUACUUAUUUGUAUACUUGAAAGGAUGUAGGUGGUGCCCCAUAACUGCUUAUGGUCCUUUGCCUGCCUCACCCUUCUUCCUAAACACCUUCAGCCCCCCCCCCCCCCAAAAAAAAACACUCCUUGUGGCUCACCUUGUCACUAGUUGUAGUCUCCUGGUCUACAAAGCAGGAAUUCAAGAAGAGCUUUUUAUGAAUGACUCCUCUGUGGAUUUUGUUUAUUUAGUAAAAUGGACUGGCACGUCUCAAUGGAUCACAUGCUAAAAUGUAAAUAUAAUAAUGUACAUACCCUUUUCUUGAAUUGGGUCUGAAUGUACAUGGAAGUCCAAGUUGUAGAUUUUAGGUUUUGUGGGAUUAUGGUAUUCCCCCUCUCUUAUGUGUAUAUAUUAGGCAGAUUUUCAUUGCAUUCAUGAGACUGCUGAGGAAGGACUACAGCUGAGUGGUGGACAUCCUCCUUUGUAAUCUGAACUUUCAAGUUCAGUCCACAGGAUCUCCAGUGAGGGCUGGAAGAGACUGCCGUGAAGAGCUGCAACUAGUCAGUGCUGGACCACAAUGCCAAUCUUCCUGGUUGAGGAUGAUGAGAGUUGUAGUCCAAAUGCCUGGAGGAUGCCAGGUUGAGGAAAGCUGCUUUCAGACAAUACGGAGCUAGCUCAGCCAGUAGUCUUAAUUCAAUUUAAGGCAGUUUAUGCCACCUGCUUUCACAUGACACAAUGAAAUAAAGAGAAGCUCUCAGCAAACUCUCCCCAAACAUAAAAGCAUCCCCACCGCUUUCAGAUACUCUGUUGUCCAUUAGCUUCCUUGAACUAAGAGUAAGAGAACUGCAUUGCCAUUUAUUUUUGGAUUUGUUUUAAAUUCCCUUAGGCCUGAAAAUGUGAAAUAGAAUGUGAAAUGAAAUCCUUAAAAUUCUUCCUUAUAUAAGCUUUGAGAAGCUGAGCGUAGGAUGCUAAAUUGAGAAAAUGACCAGGGGGAUGUGGCUUUUUGGAGGGGGAAAUGUGAAUAGAUGUAAAUAAGUUCAAAACACAUUUUUAGAUUAACCCAUUUCAAAGCCAAAUGAGACAACCCUAAAAUGGUGGUGUAUAGGGAAAUGUCUUUUAAAGAUUUGUGGUAUGUAGAUUAGUUUGACCUACAUUGCCAGAGAAUUUACUGACACUUAUGCUCUUGUAGCAUCUUGGGCCCUUUAGAUUUUUCCAGGCUGUGAAUGAUAGGAUAUUCCGGAUAAAUUCAAGAGCAUCACUGGUCAUAGUUUGAAGGUCACUUUAUUUAUUUAGGUCAAAAUUUUAUAUUUCUACAUCCGACCAAUAUUGCUUUUUUAAAAGCUGAAAAGGACAACUCAGGAUAGUUGCCCUGAAGCUACAGUGCAUGCAAGACACUAUUAGAAAUAAACAGCCUCAUGAUUUGUGUAUACAGUAUUUGCAAAAGCAUGACUGUUCCUUGUUGUCAGGCAACACUUUAAGUGCUGAUACAUCUGUAACCAAGCAUAUUCUGAUUGAGCCUUGCUUGAGAACUGAUUGAGAUUACAAAACCUUUUGAUGGCAAGCUGAUAUUUUCUGCCUUGAGGAACUGCAUGGCAGGAUGGAACUGAAAAGAUACUUUGAAGGAGAGUGGAUCAGGGUAUGAGAAGUAGAGAAAAUUAACAUCUGGUAAGGAGCCUCUGUUUGGAAGGGAGCUGACAUCCUCAGAAUAUGUGAGAGAGGAGAAAAUAAUAACCUAACCUUUCUCUUCUACAGUUCAAUACUUAUUAAGCUGGCUGCUUAGCAGGUCACUGAAUAACACCUUUAAAUAACAUAGCUGCCACACUAUAGUGAUGUCAGCAUGUCCGUCCAACCAAUUUUCAUGCUGUGCUACAACUCGUGUCUUUAUCUGGUUAUGGCAAUUGCUAGGGCAAUAAGAUCUGCUCCAUUACUUUUCCUCUGUGUGUGCAAUCGUUUAACCUUCUGGCAUUUUUGUUUUUUUAAAAUCAUCCUUUUGAUGGUCAUGGAAGAAGAAGAAUCUCCCCCAAGCUUAGCCAUUGUUUUCUAGCUUUUGUUGUUGGCAACAAAUGCCUAUUUUUAAAUACAAAUGACUUUGAUAUGUAUACAGAAACAUUUGAUUUAUAAUUGAGCCAUUUUGCCAACAUUUCCCCCUUGUUUAUUUUCCUGAACCUGUUAGAAAGCUGCAAAAGGAAUGCAGUUGCUUGAGUUCAGUUCCCUUAAUAAAGAGGAAACCGGGG